AUGACUUCUGCUCUAGUUUCAAUGUCUAGCACAAAUCUUACAGGCAAAAAGUUUGCCUUUUCUGCCCGCCGAGGUGUCGACUGGUCGAACUAUCUAGCCUACCGCCCAGUGUAUCCGCAAUCAUUUUUCGAACGCAUUUAUAACUACCAUACCCAAAAAGCCGGCGUAGCUUGGUCUGUAGCUCAUGAUACUGGCGCUGGUUGUGGAAUCGUCUCUUCAGUCCUUGCUAGUCGCUUCGACAGCGUCACAAUCUCGGACCCUAACGACGGAUAUACUAAGCUCGCCCGGGAAUUCAUACUUGAAAAGACAUUGUUUCCCGAGUCCAAAUUCAGGUUCCUUCAAGAAACUGCCGAGAAGAGCUCGGUUGAAUCGGACACUGUCGAUCUGAUCACCGCAUGCGAGUGUAUUCAUUGGACCACACCGGACAUUGCUAUCAAGGAAUUCAGGAGGCAGCUCAAAGCUGGUGGAACGCUUGCGAUCACAUACUACACUCGCCCGCUUAUUGGGGCAAAUGAGCGGGCUGUAAGAGCUUGGAAGGCUGUCUGGGAUGCUUUUUCAAAAAAACAUCGAGCCAGGAUGAGUUCAACCGCUUAUGAAAUAGCUAAUGCUGCGCUUGAAAGUUUAGAGUUCCCCGAGGACGAUUGGGAGGCCUUAAAGAGGAUAUACAUCAAUGCUCAGGGGACCCUUGACGGCUUCAUGCUGGAUGACAGAGUAGCAGAAAGCAGGGUCAAGGAAAGUGAGGAGAAAGUAUGGGUAGAAGAUGAGGAUUGGUGUGAUACGUGUGGUAUCGAGUGGCUUAAAGGCUAUGUCGCUACCUGGGAACCCCACUUCCAAGAGUCCGAAAUACAGUACAUUUGGGAUGAGCUAGAGCGUGCUUUGGAAGGGAAGCAAGUCAAGAUUAAGACACCAGUUGUGAUGAUUUUAGCAACAAAGAGGGCAUAG